CGGCCUGGCUUUUUGGCGUUUUGGCUGCUUGGUUUCUUGGCUUUUAGGUCUCGUUUUGGAUUUAUUUCUUUCAACUUUUUGGCUCACGUGAGCUCGGUAAACGCGCGCUCAGCGACCAGUUGCCAAAAGCCUAAUGCAAUAAUAACGGGUUUCUUGGAGGCUCUCGGCUUAUUUCGGUUCGGAAACUUUACCAAAAUCGCGUGUGCAGAUGCGCAACAGUCAAGUCGUCGGGUUACCCCAACAAUAAUAUCAAAACAUUAGCAUUUGAAAAUACGCAGCCUUGUCUGGGCGUAGAGUUUUAAUUGAAAAACUACGCUUACAGCCGGUUCAAAGCAGUUUUAGCCGCAUGUUACCUUACCAUAACCUACCUGCAUCGUCGACCAAAACAAAACAAAAGUCUACAAAUCGCCACAAACUCAAUUGCCGCGAAGUGAAGUGAACCGAAGGGAAGGUGUGCAAAAAACGGUCUGAAUAGAUCCUGCGGAAUUGACCCUUAUAACUUGAUAGAACAACAGAAGGCCAUAAUGGACGCAUCCCACAGGAAUCAUCGAAAUCCAGCCUUUGUGGGCGACGAUGGACGCAGCACCGCCAGCACAAUGGACAUUUCGGCCAGCAAUACUGCAGCACCACGGGAUAAUAUCGACGAUCUGGAGUCAAGCAAAUUGCCAGAGGAACGGGCCACCUGGGGCAAGGGCGUGGAGUUCCUGAUGUCCUGCAUUGCCAUGUCCGUGGGCCUGGGUAACGUGUGGCGCUUCCCUUUCACCGCCCUCGACAAUGGCGGCGGCGCCUUUCUCAUUCCAUAUCUCAUUGUGCUGUUCCUGAUUGGCAAACCGAUUUACUAUCUGGAAAUGGUAAUUGGCCAGUUCUCCAGCCGCGGCUCGGUAAAGGUGUUCGAUUUGUGUCCUGCCAUGAAAGGUGUUGGAGCCGGUCAGGCCUUCCAGGUGUUUAUGCUCAACACUUACUACGCCGCCCUGGUAGCGAUUAUUGGUCGAUAUUUCUUUGAGUCAUUCCAAAACCCCCUACCCUGGGCCGCAUGCCGGGAGGAAUGGGGUAGCAACUGCAUAAACUCAGCCCCCGAUGCAACCAAUUGGUCUCAAGUGGAAAGCGAAAAUCAGCGUCCGCAAAAUUCCUCAGUAAAAUCACAAAACGAUCGGCUGAUCACCAGUUCGGAGUGGUACUUUGUCAAGGAGGUAUUGCACGAGACCCCCAACAUCGAGGAUGGCAUCGGUCUGCCCAACUGGGAGCUAGUCAUCGGACUCUUUGUCGCCUGGGCCUGCGUUUUCCUGAUCAUUCGGCGUGGGGUCAAGAGUUCGGGAAAGGCCUCAUACUUCCUCGCCAUUUUCCCAUACGUGAUUAUGGGCGUCCUUUUAGUGCGAGCCGUGACCCUGCCGGGUUCCCUGGACGGCAUCUACUACUUCAUCAAGCCGCAGUGGGGCAAGAUCCUGGAUCCGAAGGUCUGGUACGCUGCUGUGACCCAGUGCUUCUACUCGCUGUCCGUCUGCUUCGGCAACAUCAUCAUGUACUCCUCCUUCAACAAGUUCGGUCACAAUGUGCACCGUGAUGCUUCGAUCGUGACGGCCCUGGACACGAUGACCUCCCUGCUUGCUGGGUUUACGAUAUUCGGAAUCCUCGGCCACCUGGCCCACGAAAUCGGCACCGACGACAUCGGCAGCGUGGUGAAGGGCGGCGCCGGACUGGCCUUCAUCUCGUAUCCCGAUGCCAUCGCCAAGUUCAAGCAGCUGCCCCAGAUCUUUUCGGUGUUGUUCUUCCUUAUGCUCUUUGUGUUGGGCAUCGGAUCGAAUAUAGCCAUGACCUCUUGCUCGGUGACCGCUAUCCGGGAUCGAUUCCCCAACUUCAAGCAGUGGCAGUGCUCACUGCUGAUUGCGGUCGUCAGCUUUGUGAUUGGACUAAUGUACAUUACGCCGGGCGGCCAAUACAUGCUGACCUUGGUGGACUUUUUUGGUGCAUCGAUGAUAGCAUUGGUUCUGGGCAUUGCCGAACUGUACACGCUUGGAUGGAUCUACGGCACAGAUCGCCUGUGCAAGGACAUCGAGUUCAUGCUGGGCCGCAAGGUCGGCCUCUACUGGAGACUGUGCUGGAGCAUAAUCACGCCGCUGAUCAUGACCGUUAUUCUGAUAUACUUCUAUGCGACUUACGAGCCUCUGACCUACAACAACAUUGUCUACCCCAAUUGGGCGUAUGGUAUUGGCUGGACGAUCACUGCGUUUGGCAUACUGCAAUUGCCGAUUUGGAUGAUUGUGGCCAUUAUCCGGGACCCAGGUCAGUCUCUGGGCCAGAAAAUUCGAGGCGCUUUUACUCCCAAGAAAAACUGGGGGCCCACAGACCCUCUGCUCCGUGAGCAGUACAACAAGGAAAUUGAGAACGAUCUGACCCCGAAGCGGGGAAAGGGUAUUUGGGCUGCCAUCAAGCAGAAUAUUUUCGGUUGAUCCAGCCACCAAAAGAACCAGGUACAAUGUAAAUAAAGUCCGAAAGAUCUUGUAUUAAUCCUAAGUCUGCCAAUAAACUUGAUAAGUAUGAAUUCACAUAAAACAUUAAA